UGAAGAAAAAAAGAGAGAAUCUCGUUCUGAAGGGAAUGAUCUUGUGAAUCCUUCCGUGACGAAAAUCGUGAAGAAAAACCGUUACAGCACUGGAAAAAAACGAAAACCCUAACAAAAAUCGGUUAGGGAUGGUCUAACUGUUGAGAGAGGUUUUGGUUUAUUUGAGACAUCGGUUGCUGUGUGCAGUACCAAGUACAAAUGUGGGUUGAAGUAGAUAUUUUGACGAAAACAGUGUGCAACUACUCUCUCGUAUUGAAAUUUUCUGCCACAGUCACCGUCUCUUGCUGCAUCUUGGAUAAUCCCUGGAGACAUCUUGCAAAUAUAUAUUGUCCAGGAAACUGUUUUGUCUUUUGUGUAAGUUCGUGAGUACAUUUUGUAAUCAGAAACCUUGCACUGUUAUGCACUUAAGCCUGGCACACAAUAAAUUUUCUUGUGUACAGUGGUUUUCUAUACAAUCUCAAUCUCAUCAUCCAAGCUCAAGCAGUUAGUGGUUACACGCCAAAUGGACAGGAAAAGGUGGUUGCAGUGCAAAUAAUUGGUGGUCCACAUUGAUGUGGAAAUGGUGGUUGCGUAUUGGAUUAAUGUGCAACUUAUUAGUGGUCCAAAUUGAUGUGGAAAUGGUGGUUGCAUAUUGGAUUGAUGUGCAAUUGGUGGUUUUGGACCCUUGACUCAACUACUAAUACGGUCCGUGGUCCGUGUCUUUACUCAGAGACUUGAGGUGCCUAACGGUGUAUAUUUACAGGUGUGACGAUGGAUAAAAAUGAACUGGUUGAGUCAAGAUGCGGAUGACUUACGGAUUUAUGAAUUUCACAAGAAUAUAUUCUUGUUUUGUUUCGCCUAGAGAGAGCAAAGAUGUAUCUUGGAGGGAUACGGCCUCAUCGCAGAAACAAAUCAAAGGGCAACGCAAGAUGAAGUUAGGAAAACACAUUGGCGGGGAUGUUGUUUCUUCGCGGCACGAUUUAUGGAACUGGACGGACCGGAUGCUCGGAUUGCGGACUACUUCGACGUCGUCGCUGGCACGAGCACCGGCGGCCUCUUGACGGCGAUGCUCACAGCCCCAAACACGAAUGGACGACCACUGUUCGCCGCCAAGGAUCUGGCGCGGUUCUACAUCCACCACUCACCCAAAAUCUUCCGGCAGAAGUACUGGGUCAGGUCCAAGAUCGCCGGCAAGCUGAGGAUGGUGUGCGGGCCCAAGUACGACGGCAAGUACCUCCAUGCGCUGCUUCGUCGAUACCUCGGCGACCUCAGGCUGGACAGGACGCUGACCAAUGUGGUCAUCCCAACCUUCGACAUCGCGUAUCUUCAGCCAACGAUUUUCUCCAGCUUUGAGUUGAAGCACCAGCCGUCGAAAAAUGUGCUCCUGUCGGACAUAUCGAUCAGUACCUCGGCCGCGCCGACCUUCUUCCCGGCGCACUACUUCGAGACCAAGGACGAGAAUGGCAGGAGGCGGGCCUUCAACCUCGUCGACGGCGGCCUCGCCGCAAACAACCCCACGCUGUGCGCGAUGAACCAGAUUUCGCAGCACAUCAUCCUGGGGGGCGACGACUUCUUCCCGGUGAAGCCUGUGGACUACGGCAAGUUCAUGGUGAUCUCCCUCGGCUGCGGGUCGAACCGGAACCGCAGGUACAGCGCCAAGGCCGCUGCCAAGUGGGGCAUCUUCAACUGGCUCAUCAAGAACGGCACGGCCCCCAUAAUCGACAUGUUCAACUCCGCCAGCGCCGACAUGGUCGACAUCCACCUCUGCGUCCUCUUCAGGGCCCUGCGCUCCGACCAAAACUACCUGCGCAUUCAGUACGAUCAACUGACGGGCAGCGCGGGAUCUAUAGACGACUGCUCCAAGGAGAACAUGGAUAAACUGGUGAGGAUCGGGAAGAAGCUCCUAAACAAGAACGUCUCCCGGGUGGACCUGGAGACCGGCCGAAUCGUGGAGGUGCCCGGCGUGGGCACCAACGCCGGGCAGCUCGCCAAGUUCGCAAAGCAGCUCUCCUACGAGCGACGCCGGCGCCAGAACCAGCUUCCAUAUUAAGUUGUGGUAUUGAAAAAUAAGUUUGGUGACACUUGAACUACAGAUAGAAUGUGAUUUGAUGUUCAGAGUUGUUCGCGUUAUUUUCCCUUCAUUUCUUUGUGCUCGGACGGGCUUGGGCACGAAGGCCAGAGAGGAUCGACAAUGACAAGGAGCCUUGUAUUGAAUA